CUGCUUUCCUUACUGAGGAGUCGGCAACACUGCGGAAGUGAUCAGCCAGACGCUAGCAGCAGCAUUGUCGAGCCAUUCAAGUAGUGGCGGAGGAAGCUAACACUUAAAAGAACCUAACUGUGUGUUUUCGUGAUAAGAAUACGAUUCGUGGUACUCUCAACAAGGCAUGGCUGCGGAUUGGCUGGGUAGUUUGGUGUCAAUAAACUGUGGCCCAACAUUGGGAGUAUAUCAGGGAGAGGUGUCAUCAGUGGACCAGUCUUGCCAAACAAUAUCCCUCAGACAACCUUUUCACAAUGGAGUCAAGUGUCCUGUUCCAGAAGUUACAUUCAGUGCCAUUGACAUUAAGGAUUUAAAGAUCUUGGAUAUCAGAAAUGGAAAUGCCCAGACCAGCUCAUCAGUGUCCACUAAUUCAAAAAGUAAUCCAGUUGCAGUUCCAAAAGGUGACCCUCGAACUGUAGAUACAGUGAAUUCUCCACAAAGCUUUUCAAAAAGCUAUGGAGACCGCCACCUGGAGGUCCCCAAGGGCUUUAGACGAAGACACAACUCCUGGUCAUCUAGCAGUCGAGGUGCAAACCAAGUCACCCCAAAGAAGAACGGAGUGAAAAACGGUAGCAGUCAGAUGAAGCAAAGGGACGACGAGUGUUUUGGCGACGGAAUAGAUGACGGCCUGGACACAGACUUUGAUUUUGAAGGAAACUUGGCCCUUUUUGACAAAGCGGCAGUUUUUUCAGAGAUCGACACAUCAGAGCGUCGCAAUGGGGCUAGAUCGCGUGGGACGCCUCAAGAGCAAACGCCCUCACGGUACCGCCACGAUGAGAACAUUCUGGAGGGCAAACCUGUAGUGUACAGACAGAUCACAGUACCACAGCCAGGGGCCAAAGAAUACUGCACUGACUCUGGACUUGUGGUACCCAGUAUAUUAUACGAUCUGCACAAGCGUCUGCUGUUAGUCGCGGAGCGUCAUGGCCUCACGUUGGAGCGGCGACUUGAAAUGACUGGAGUGUGUGCUAGUCAGAUGGCCCUCACGUUGCUUGGUGGGCCAAACAGGUUCACUCCAAAGAAUUUACACCAACGUCCCACAGUGGCUCUGCUGUGUGGCCCACACGUUCAGGGCGCUCAGGGCAUCAGCUGUGGUCGUCACCUGGCAAACCACGAAGUCGAGGUCGUCCUGUUCCUUCCUAACUUUGUCAAGAUGGUGGACCCAGUCACCUGCGAGCUCACUCUCUUCAAUAAGACUGGGGGGAAACAAGUGUCAAAUAUCAAAGACCUGCCGGACACGCCGGUGGAUCUAAUCAUCGACUGCCUUGACUGCCACGAGAACACAUUCCUGAUGGAUCAGCCUUGGUACAGAGCCGCUGCCGAUUGGGCUAACCAGAACCGUGCACCAGUACUCAGCUUAGAUCCUCCUGUUAGUGGACAAGGACAGGCAGUGGAGGCCAAAUGGUCCCUCUCCCUUUGCCUUCCCCUUCCCUUAGGAGAGGGGGCUGGUAGUGUCUACCUGUGUGACAUAGGUAUCCCCCGUCAGGUCUUUCAGGAAGUUGGAAUCAAAUACCAUUCCCCUUUUGGGUGCAAAUUUGUCAUCCCUCUGCACUCAGCAUAAUUGGACUGAUCAUUGAACAUUUUACCGUCCCGGACUGUGUCAAAGCCUUAUAUUUUUGAGCUUCAAGUGUUUCGCAGUCGAUCCAUAAAGUAAGUUACUGACAUUUCAACACGUGAAUGUGACCUCUCCCUCGUACUUUAUAGAGGAUCAUGGUUUAAUGCAUUAGUUCCUCACUGCUACAUGCGUUAUAUUGGGAGAGGACACCACACAAAUGGGUAUUCCUUUUUGAUAACACCGUUAUAAGCUGCAGUAAUGAUGUAGAUAAUGAUAGUAUUGUAUCUACAUAGUAUUUGGAUAAAGAGGUUAUUUAAAAGUACAACCUGAAUGACUUGUUUAUAUAAUGUAGCGUUCAAUAUUGUAGGACAAUCCCAGACUUGAAUGUUGUGAUAUGAACGCCAUUCAAGGACUUCUAGUGAUCGAACAACAGUUAUUUAAUUAAAACAAAAACUAAGGCAGCUAAUCUAUAUACAUGACCAUAUAAGACCAGUUUUCGUUGGUGCGUUAGACUGUAAAGGGCUUCAGCAUGCAUAACCUCUUGCUUGUUUCAUUUCUCCUCAGAUUUUUUUUAAAAUGAGUGCCAUUGACUCGCCGUGGCGCUUCCUGACAAGGAAAAAACAGAAAGUGGGGAAGAAAGUAUACGUUGAAAAGCCGUGACUGUUUUAUUUAGUUCGCCAUUUUUCAGUGAUUCACAUUUUUAAACGCAGAAUGCAUUCCAACAUGUCUAAUACUGGCAGUUUGUCAUUAAAUAGAUAAAUCUCAUAGUUUAAUCUCACAAAGGUUUGUUUUGAAGUUUCUACAUAACCAGUUGGGAUUGAUUUUAUUGAAAAUCAUAUGUUCAGAAGCUGAGUUGCAUUUUUUUAGCUCUAGCAAUUACCAAGGUUGUUUUACUUUUGAAGUCUAGACUUUAGUACACGAGAGAUUAUUUCACUCUGAAGCCAGAGUCCAUAUCGUGAAAUAGGAGUCAAGUCUAAACAACAUAACUAAUAGUGCUGCCUUUGAGGCCUUGUUGGAGGAUAGAUAGAACUAGGCUCAUCUUUUAAUGAGGCCUUUGUUAGUUGUCCAGGACUGAGUUUGUUUCAAUACAUUUUGAGCUCUGUCUUGUGCACACAAACACUUUCAUGAUUUUGAUUUCACUUUCAUUUAGGUAAUACCUUUUAGUGUAUUAUGACACAUGUUUUUUUUCCCCCAUACAUGGACUUAAGUGUAACAGGAGAAGUAAUGCAAGUAGUUGCGUCAUAAUUCUUUUUUCAACAUUCCACAGGUCAGGUGGGUUGCGUUACAUCUUUCUUAAACAAGUCUGCCUUGAAAACGUCAGUUGGUGUUAAUGAUGAUGAAUCUUUGUGAGUGGCAUUACCUUUAGCUGUCAGUGGACUGUGAAUCUCAAUCCUGCUGCUGUGAGUGCAGCCUGGUUAUUUCCCCAUUGUGUUAUUUUUUAUUUAACACCAAUGGUUUGGUGGGCAGAGGUGAAGCUGACUAGUAAUGUUUACAUGUUUUACACUGAGUAACAUCUUCAGUGGUGAUUUGUGGUGGUCCAAAAGAGAUUGCCAUUAAAGAAAGUCUUGUAUUA